UUGCGCGGCCCGCGGGACCAGCUGGCCGGACCGCUGUGCGCGUGCGCAGUCGGGAAGCGCACUGGCCGCUCAGCGGGGGCCACGACCAGGAUGGCGUGUGCUCCAGGAGCCCUCGGUCACCGCGCACUCUGGGCCGUGGCCUGGGGACUCCUGCUGCUGGUCCCCGUGCUCGCAGGGGCGCAGCGUGGCAGGAAGAAAGUCGUGCACGUGCUGGAGGGCGAGUCCGGUUCCGUGGUGGUGCAGACGGCGCCGGGGCAGGUGGUGAGCCACCGCGGUGGCACCAUUGUCUUACCCUGCCGUUACCACUACGAGGCGGCCGCCCACGGUCACGACGGCGUCCGCCUCAAGUGGACGAAGGUAGUAGACCCUUUGGCUUUCGCCGAUGUCUUCGUGGCUCUGGGUCCCCAGCAUCGAGCCUUCGGUCCCUACCGAGGGCGGGCCGAGCUACAGAACGAUGGACCCGGGGACGCCUCCCUGGUCCUCCGAAAUGUCACCCUGCAGGACUACGGGCGCUACGAGUGCGAGGUCACCAAUGAGUUGGAGGAUGACGCCGGCAUGGUAAAGCUGGAUCUAGAAGGGGUGGUCUUCCCCUAUCACCCGCGCGGAGGCCGCUACAAGAUGACUUUCGCGGAAGCCCAGCGCGCUUGUGCGGAGCAGGAUGGCAUUCUGGCAUCUGCGGAGCAGCUGCACACGGCCUGGCGCGAUGGCCUGGACUGGUGCAAUGCAGGGUGGCUGCGGGAUGGCUCCGUGCAGUACCCGGUGAGCCAGGCCCGAGAGGCCUGUGGCGGAUCUGGGAGCCCUGGGGCUGGUGGCGGCACCAACGGGGGCGUGCGCAACUACGGAUAUCGUCACAACGCCGAGGAACGCUACGAUGCCUUCUGCUUCACGUCCAACCUCCCGGGCCGCGUGUUUUUCUUGAAGCCGCUGCGACCUGUGGCCUUGGCCGGGGCCGUGCGUGCGUGCGCGGCACGGGGUGCCACAGUGGCCAAGGUCGGGCAGCUCUUCGCUGCGUGGAAGCUGCAGCUCUUGGACCGCUGCACUGCAGGCUGGCUGGCGGAUGGCAGCGCGCGCUACCCCAUCGUGAAUCCGCGAACUCGCUGCGGAGGUCCUCGGCCCGGCGUGCGCAGCCUCGGUUUCCCUGACGCCUCCCGUCGCCUCUUCGGUGUCUACUGCUACCGCGCUCCGGGUGCCCCAGACCCAGCUCCAGGCGGCUGGGGUUGGGGCUGGGCCGGCGGAGGAGGUUGGGCCGGAGGGUCGAGGGAUCCGGCUGCCUGGACCCCACUGCGUGUCUAGAUCUCGGAGGAUACGCGUUUGGGGGUGUUGAUGGCUGAUCCAGGGGCCUCAUGCACCCCCUGGAUACCGAGCACGUUUCAGUCUCAGAGUUCCC